AUGGCACAUGAAUUAAUAAAAGGAUACUCUCAGAAGAAUGUUUCACCUAGGUGUAUGAUAAAGGUGGACAUUAGAAAAGCCUACGACUCUGUGGAGUGGGGAUUCUUGAGAGCAGUACUACUGGAGUUUGGAGUUCCGUAUAAGCUAGUGGAAUUGAUUAUGAAAUGUGUUAGUACAGUAAGCUAUUCCUUGUUACUGAAUGGAGGUCUAACAGAGAAGGCUGAUGAAGUAUCAAUGAAGAUGUUGAUGAGAUGUUUUAAACAGUUUUCUGAAGUAUCUAGGUUGCAUGCUAAUAUGGACAAAAGUUCAUUAUAUAUAGCAGGAGUUAAAAGGGAAUUCAAAGACAAAAUGUUAACUGAAUUGCAACUAUCAGAAGGGAGCUUAGCAUUCAAAUAUUUGGGAAUACCUUUGGCUUCAAAAAAGAUCAGUAUACAACAAUGUAUGCCCCUGGUGGAAAGAAUUGUGGAUAGAAUUAGAAGCUGGACCUCCAAAUUUCUUUUAUAUGCAGGCAAAUUACAACUUAUUAAGAGUGUGUUGUUUGAAAUGCAAACUUAUUGGGCUCAAGUGUUCCUCAUCCCUAAGGAGAUUGUAAAAAUGGUGAAUGGCAUAUGCAGGAGGUAUUUGUGGACUGGAAGCAAUGAGAAUUCUCAGAGGAAUCCUAUAUCUUGGGACACUUUGUGUAAGCCAAAAGUAGCAGGGGGACUAAACAUAAUCAACUAUGAAAGAUGGAAUAAGGCAGCAAUAACAAAGUUGUUAUGGGCAGUAGUGAACAAGAAGGACAAACUCUGGAUAAAAUGGAUACAUGGUCAAUACAUAAAGAGGAAAGAUAUAACAAGUAUGGAAGUACCUAAACAAGCUAGUUGGCUUGUAAGGAAAAUCUUCAAUGCAAGGGAAUGGUGGGCAAAUGAUAUGCAAAGAAUGCAGUCGUGCAUGAAGAAUGGGAAGUUCAAUAUCAAAACAUCAUACAUACAAAGCUCUCCAGAAUGGCCUAAAGUAAGGUGGAAAUCUGUAACAAUGAUUAAUGGUAGUCUGCCAAAGCAACAAUUCAUAAUGUGGAUGGCAAUGCAUAAAAGAAUGGCAACAGUGGACAGAUUGAUAAAGUGA